AAUAAAUCUUUGGAAAGUAUUAAUUUGUCAGCUGAGAAAUGUCAGGCGACAACUAUAACAGAAAUGUUUGACAUUUUAAAGUGAUAACAAAAUGUUUAUUGCUUACUGUUUAAUUCUAAUUAAUAAUUAUAUGCUUUAUAACUUGUGAUGGCUAUUUUUGAAAAAUCUUCGCAAACUAAAGUUCAAAUAGAUGAUACUGAGAGGCUCGAAUGUGUACUAGAAAAUUCACAAAACAUUAAUAAUCAUACGGAAUACAUACUACGUGUACAAUACGGGCAAAAUAAGGAGAAUAGAUGGACGGUGUCACGUAGGUACAGAGACUUUGCCGCUUUGCAUGUUAGCCUACAGCAGGCUAACAUUGACCUUCCUAUUCCACCUAAGAAAUUCAUUGGAAAUAUGCAACCAUCCUUCGUAGCGGAACGACAAAUGGCGUUACAGAAUUAUAUAAAUGAAGUCCUAAAACACCAAGUGCUGUCUUUAUCAUUACAAGUAAGAAGUUUUUUGGAUCCUAGUAACUACUCUUUAUGCCUAAGUGAGCAGGCCCUCCAGACAAUUUCAAUAGCUUUAAGAGGAGAUGGACAGUUUGAACUAAAAAGUGCUUUACCAGAUAUUGGUUGGAGGAUAAGAAAACAUUAUUUUUUAGUCAAUGAGUCAGAGAGUCAAAUGAACUGCUUGCUAUUGUGGCAAAGUUAUGGACCAGAUUGUGUAUUACAUAGUAAAGAUCUACAAAUAGCUUUCAAGAGUUUACAGAAUAUGUCUCAUCCAUACAUAGACAAAAUAUUAUCAAUACAUACACUGGAAACUGGUGCCUAUGUAGUUAGAAAAAUUCACGAAAAUGGAAGCAUAAGAGAUUUAUUAUAUGGGACUGAGUAUGAUAAGAAUUAUUUAGCUAAGUAUGGAAAUCCAAAGGUUAGGAAACCAUUUACGAAUGGACAAAUAUCACAUUAUGGGUAUCAGAUCUUACAAGCAUUGAAGUUUUUACAUGACAAAGGAUUAUGCCAUGGUCACUUACACCCAGGAAACAUCACUAUUGAAAACCAAAGAGUUCUACUGAUGGACGUAGAGAACUUUCUAAUGGGUGUACCAAGUCUCUAUCGACAAUUUUUAUUGGAACUGAAAAGAACCAGUAAUGCUGAAGCAAUUGAUGUUUAUUGCUUUGGGCAAACAUUAUAUGAGAUGGCGUUUGGUACGCCACUUAAUUCACACUAUUGUGAUGUGUAUCCAGAUGGAAUUCCACAUGAUUUAGAAUCCGUGCUGCGGCUUUGCCUUUCUAGUUCAGCGAGCAAACACAGUGGACCGUCGCUCGAACAACUUCUACAACAUCCAUUCUUUACCCGCUCGUGUCUGAACGGCCUCAACCCUACAAGUGACACCAGGGCGCAUUUAAAGUUCCCUUUGAGUAUAAAGGAUCAGCUCAAGGCAGCUGUAAAUGUUAUGGAAGAGAGGCUUCGGAUUGGACAGAAAUUGGUACGAAAUGCAAAAAGAGAAGUGAGGAUACAGGAAAUACUAAAUUCAGAGGAAGAAAUGAAAAAACAAAAGAAGAGAGUGAAACGUCGCGAGAGUUUGUGGAAGUCGAGUUCGUCGCUGGCCGACGUCAGCACGGCGUCAUCUCCCUCGCCGCCCUCCCCGCCCUCCCCGCCCACGCCCGCGCCCAUCGCGGCCUCUGGCUCGGAUACUUCUCGCGGCGCGCUGCUCAGCGCUAUCUGCUCGUUUGACAAGUCACGACUGGCGCGGGUUGUGUCGCGAUGAAACGUCAUCUUCGAGGAAUAACCUCCUAUCUAUGAUCUAGGGUUGCCAUCUCAUAAAAUUUCCAGUUAUUUUUGAGGAUACUGUGAAAAUAAAAAUUAAUUUUAACUAAGAUACAAAUUAAUAUAAUUAGGUUUAUACAUAAAACGACUUAGUUUUACCAAUAUGUAACGACCUUCUGGUCUGGAGAAAACUGCGAGAAACUUGUACAGAUGGCAGCCAUGCUAGUUUUGCGAGAAUAGAACCUGAGUUAUUAAGAAGUUUCUACAUAAGAACGAUAGAAUAACGUCAGUAAAUCACACGUUGAUGCCGUUAUCAUUGACACAGUAAAUAACUCAUUUUAUUUUAAAUACUUUUUGUUUCAAUAAAUUAUAUGAUCAUGAUCUGUAGUAUGGAUACUAUGUGUAUCUUAUAUAAGUUUUUAAGUGUCACUAUUGACUUGCUUGACUAGUACCAACUGCUACACACAAAUAUAUACAACAAGAUAUACUCAAAGAGAGUUUCCCGGUAUUUUUAGGUUCUACUUUUGACUAUUUCGCUUCCUUUUAUAACAAAAUUGUAUUAGAACUCGGCCUCAACAGUGAAAGCGAUACCGUAUACAUUAUAAAUGUGUAUAUAAUUAUUAUACGCUAUAUUUUUAAUUCAACUUGAUCUACUUAUGAUUGUGGGAAAAUUUUAUACGACACAUUCAAUGCUCAAUAUAACAAGCAGGAAACUAAUCCAUUGUUUUGUAUUUGAAUCGGCAAUCAAACAAAUAGUUAAAUAUAUUUAAUGUAACUUAAGAGUAUUAUUAAAUAUUCACUCAGUAUUGAUCUGUCUGUAUGUGUAAACUUCGAACAUUUAUUUAAUGAGAAUUAUUAAUAAUUUUGGGUUUUAUAUUUGAAGAAGAAAUACUGCAUUUUAUUAUAAUA